UUUUUUUUUUUUUUUGAGACAAGGUCUCACUGCGUUGCCCAGGCUGGUCUCAAACUCCUGAGCUCAAGCAAUCCUCCAGUCUUGGCUUCCCAAAGUGCUGGGAUUUGGGGCUAGGCAUUGGCACAAGCUACCAGGUACCUGGCCUAGCCAACAUCUUUUAAAUUUCCCCUGUUCCUUGGGUCAGGAACUACUGUUCUUGGCAUGCAGAAACCUGGAGAACUCAGAAACAUUGUUACCACUUCUUAUUUGUCUAAACUCAGAGUUCCUUUUUCAAUGACCCAUUAAAAUGUCCAGGGUUUAGCUUUCCCCACAUUAAUGACCCUUUUUCCAAGAGUUCUAACUCUCUGGUCAAUAUGUUUCAGAUAAGUCAUUUUAUAACAGAGGACAAAUUUCAUAAAGCUACCCCAGUCUCAUCUCUUUCUCUCACAGUUAGUUCAUCAGUUCUUAAAUCCAUCAUUUUAUUGAAGACUGCUCAGUCAUUUUCUCACAGUGAGACCUAAUCUGAAAUCUAUUUAAAGUUGCAAAGCCCUUGACAAGAGCACUACAGAUACCAUAUCCUAUUGCAUCCCUUUUAGUUUGUUGCUUUUGUUUUAUUGGUUUUACAUUUAUCCUGUAGUAACUGCUACCUUUUUGCUACAUUAAAACUGCUGGUUUACUUCCUUUUUUUGACUGCGUGUUUACCUCCUUUUUCCUAGUCCAGAGUAUAAUCUCUUACUGGUAUUCAAUGUUGAUUAUAUAUCGAAUAGAUAGUUUUUUUGUUUUUGUUUUUUACUAUACCUGUAUGCUUUUGUUUUGUGAAUUUAGUCAAAAAUAUUUUUCAAAAAUUAAAAGUACAGUUUUAUUUAUUGGGUCCUGUACUAGACUUGACAAUUAAUAAGUACUAGAUACGGACCUUGACAAGAUGUACGAUACAGACACAUAAGGAGACAGUUACCUGGACCUCUGAAAAGUGAAACAAAGAAAAGGACACAUCAGAAUAUGGGUGACAUAGGCAGAGAUAAGAUCGAGAUAAGAUCAAGAUAAGACUCAGGAGAAAUUACCAACUCCUUGCCUUAAUUCUGUGCAAGGGAAAAUUGAGUAGGGAGUUGAGGUAACUCAUGAUGAAAAGGUGUACCUAGAAUAAUAGCAACUUCUAAAGCAGGAGUGGAUACCAGAGGUUCAUUGGGUACUACAGAAGUUAAGGGAGGAGGCCACCCCUCAUAUCGUCUUAUGCCCAAUUUCUGCCUCCAAAGAAAGAAAAAGUAAAAACUAAAAAGCAGAAAUGAAAUCCACAAGCAGACAGCCCGGUGCCACACCCUGGGCCUGGUAGUUAAAGAUCCACCCUGACCUAAUCAGUUAUGUUAUCUGUAGAUUCCAGACAUUGUAUAGAAAAGCACUGUGAAAAUCCCUAUCCUGUUUUGUUCCGAUCUAAUGACCGGUGCAUGCAGCCCCCAGUCACGUACCCCCUGCUUGCUCAAUCGAUCACGACCCUCUCACGUGGAUCCCCUUAGAGUUGUGAGCCCUUAAAAGGGACAGGAAUUGCUCACUCGAGGAGCUCAGCUCUUGAGACAGGAGUCUGCCUAUGCCCCCGGCCGAAUAAACCCCCUUCCUUCUUUAACUCAGUGUCUGAGGAGAUUUUUCUGCGGCUCGUCCUGCUACAAAGGAAGAGUAAGCUGUGGGCACUCAGAAGAACAAGUUCCCUGUGACUGGACCUUCAGAGACAAGAGACCAAAGUGGAGCCGCAGAGAUGAGCAGCAGUCUGCCCGUCCUGCGGCCUCUCUCGUCGGACUAACCAGAGGGCUGCUAAUUUGCUAAUUUAUCAGGAAAGCUAUGGACAGCAUCCAGAGAGUUACCAGAAGGCAAGUAAAAGGAUACGCUUCAAAAGGGCCUUACUUCUGAAGAUGUGCUCUCGUGGUGACCGGCCAAGGAGAAGCACCCCUCUGCGCAGAAGUAAAAUUGCUUUGCUGAGAAAUCCUUUGUUUGAGUGCUCGUCUCCCUUAAGAUUCUGAGCUUUAUUUCCAACAAGGAAGGUGAUGGAGGUCAGUUCUCAUCACCUUGGCCGGUCUCUGUGACAUCAGCCUUGAUGGUGUGACAGCUGUCCAGCUCUGUAGUCCUGUCAUUGUCACUGAGCAAGGGAAAGACUCAUCAGCUGUCUCACAGUGAAGAUCUUUGUUUUACCAUGAACCCUUGACAGCCAGCAACACAUCAGUAUCUAUUAAGUUUUCAAGUCUCCAACAUGUGUGAUCCACUGAGUAUUUCUCUAUCAUCACUCUCUACACCAUGUCUGUACCUUCAGGCUCCAAUAAAUGUCCUCGGCAAACUUUCAGGAUGAGACUCCCCAGAACCUCCCAGCUGUUGUGGAUUCCUCUACUUCCACACCCCAGUUGCUCUGAGUAUUAAUUGGAUAUAUGCCAUUAUCUCCAUUUGUCAUUGAUUAACCAAAAGAGUAGCAAAGAGGCCAGUGAAAGAGGACCCUGAAUACGGGGUCAUCUCAGGUCACCAUAUUGAAGGGAUCUGUGAACAAGAGGAACCUCAGCAGCCAGGACAGGCAGGAGCAGUGGAGUAGCUACUAUGGCUUCUGGAAUCCUGGUUAAUGUAAAGGAGAAGGUGACCUGCCCCAUCUGCCUGGAACUCCUGACACAACCCCUGAGUCUGGACUGCGGCCACAGCUUCUGCCAAGCAUGCCUCACUGCAAACCACAAAACGUCCAUGCCAGACGAAGGAGAGAGAAGCUGCCCUGUGUGCCGGAUCAGUUACCAGCAUAAGAACAUACGGCCUAAUCGGCAUGUAGCCAACAUAGUGGAGAAGCUCAGGGAGGUCAAGUUGAGCCCAGAGGAGGGGCAGAAGGUUGAUCACUGUGCACGCCACGGAGAGAAACUUCUACUCUUCUGUCAGGAGGACAGGAAGGUCAUUUGCUGGCUUUGUGAGCGGUCUCAGGAGCACCGUGGUCACCACACAUUCCUCACGGAGGAGGUUGCCCAGGAGUACCAAAUGAAGCUCCAGGCAGCUCUGCAGAUGCUGAGGCAGAAGCAGCAGGAAGCUGAAGAGUUGGAAGCUGACAUCAGAGAAGAGAAAGCUUCCUGGAAGACUCAAAUACAGUAUGACAAAACCAACAUCUUGGCAGAUUUUGAGCAACUGAGACACAUCCUGGACUGGGUGGAGAGCAAUGAGCUGCAAAACCUGGAGAAGGAGGAGAAAGACGUUCUGAAAAGGCUUAUGAGGUCUGAAAUUGAGAUGGUGCAGCAGACCCAGUCCGUGAGAGAGCUCAUCUCAGAUCUGGAGCAUCGGCUGCAGGGGUCAGUGAUGGAGCUGCUUCAGGGUGUGGAUGGCGUCAUAAAAAGGAUGAAGAACGUGACCUUGAAGAAGCCAGAAACUUUUCCAAAAAAUCGAAGGAGAGUGUUUCGAGCUGCUGAUCUGAAAGUAAUGCUAGAAGUGUUGAGAGAGCUGAGAGAUGUCCGACGCUACUGGGUUGAUGUGACAGUGGCUCCAAACAACAUUUCAUAUGCUGUCAUUUCUGAAGAUAUGAGACAAGUGAGCUCUCCGGAACCACAGAUAAUAUUUGAGGCACAAGGGACAAUAUCUCAGACAUUUGUGAAUUUCAAUUAUUGUACUGGCAUCCUGGGCUCUCAAAGUAUCACAUCAGGGAAACAUUACUGGGAGGUAGACGUGUCCAAGAAAAGUGCUUGGAUCCUGGGGGUAUGUGCUGGCUUGCAACCUGAUGCAAUGUAUAAUAUUGAACAAAAUGAAAAUUAUCAACCUAAAUAUGGCUACUGGGUUAUAGGGUUAGAGGAAGGAGUUAAAUGUAAUGCUUUCCAGGAUGGUUCCAUCCAUACUCCUUCUGCUCCUUUCAUUGUGCCCCUCUCUGUGAAUAUUUGUCCUGAUCGUGUUGGAGUUUUCCUAGACUAUGAGGCUUGCACUGUCUCAUUCUUCAAUAUCACAGACCAUGGAUUUCUCAUCUAUAAGUUUUCUCACUGUUCUUUUUCUCAGCCUGUAUUUCCAUAUUUAAAUCCUAGAAAAUGUACAGUCCCCAUGACUCUGUGCUCACCAAGCUCUUGAACCUUCUUACACACUCAGCCCCUUCUGUACAGCACCUCUUGUCCAGGUGCAUCUCAUACACCUGAACUCAUUUGCAUCAUUUUAACCAUCUUUUCCUUGCUGUCUCCCUUCUUUCUAUUUGAACAUCCUUCACUCAUCAGUAAAAUGUAAUUGCCUUGUGCCAUAUUCUCCCCAAUAUUUUAUUGACAUUUGAUAGCAAUUUUUUUCAUCAUUUUCCAUACUCCUAAGGAAAACUGACCUAUACCUCAUAAAAUGAGACCACUAUUUAGGUAUUACUUCCGCCAAAUAUUUAUCACCCAAUUGCCUCUGACACUAAGAAGAUGAAGUUUUUCAACAGCCUUUCUAUAUCAUCAUGUGAUAGUUGCUCACCAAUGAAUGAGUCCUUAGCCCUGUGUCAGUUUACCCUCGAUGCCCUUGUGAGUUAAAGAGAAAAUAUCAUAAAUGGUAUACUCUUAAGUGUAGAGGUUUUGUAUCUAGAGGAUCUGAGUUCAACUCCUGUCUCUCCAUAUACUAGCAGUGUAACUGUGAAUAACAUACUUAAAUGGCUGUGCUUAUUUUAUUUUAUUUUAUUUUUGAGAUGGAGUUUUGCUCUUGUUCCCCAGGCUGGAGUGCAAUGGCACGAUCUCGGCUCACUGCAACCUCCACCUCUCAGAUUCAAGCAAUUCUCCUGCCUCAGCCUUCCAAGUAGCUGGGAUUACAGGCGCCCACCACCACCCCCGGCUAAAUUUGUAUUUUUAGUAGAGACGGGGUUUCCCCAUGUUGGUUAGGCUCCUCUAGAACUCCUGACCUCAGGUGAUCCACCUGCCUCGGCCUCCCAAAGUGCUGGGAUUACAGGCAUGAGCCACCGUGCCCAGCCUGUGCUUAUUUUCUUAAAAUAAUUUUUGUAUUAAAAACUUCACAUUAAAUAAGUGCUAAUGUUUUAUUGCAUAGUAGGGUGACUAGAGUUAACAAUAACCUAUUGCAUAUAUUUUGAAGUAGCUAGAAGACAGGAUUUUGAAAGUUCUCAACACAAAGAAAUGACACAUAUUUGAGGUGAUGGAUAUGCUAAUUAUCCUGGUUUGGUUAUUACACAACGUAUACAUGUAUCAAAACAUCACACUGUACCACAUAAAUAUGUACAUUUAUUAUUUGUCAAUUAAAAGCAAAAUAAAACAAAAAA